AUGUCGCUCACCGAACUUCGAAAUAGCGUACUCCUAUUCAGCAAUCCAGUAUGGGCCGGCGCCAAUACUGUUCCUUCGACGCUGGUCAGGAACAUCACCGCGCGCUCCAGCCAGCUGGCGUACGAAGAGCGCUUGUCCACCAACCUCACGACGCUGAGCACCCGUAAUGCGGAAAAGCUCGAUGGCACCUUUGGUGGCCUGCUGUACGUGCCGCAGGUCACCAGCGUCCCCUCCUGCGACGCGCAGCAGUAUGACUUCAUCCCCCGCAACGUCACCCGCCGCCAGCAACUCCCUCCCAGCAACUUCAAUGUCGUCGCUAUAGCCCCCUGGUUCAGCAUCGACUGCACCCUCGCCUAUCUCCGAUCCGCCUCCCACGGGCCCAUCCGCGCCUUCAUCUUCUACAAGCCCAACAACUCAACCAACAAGCCCCAAGAGGUUGACUCUCCAGUAUGGAACCUCGACGACAAUGGGGCGUGGAGGAAGAACUACCACUUCCCCAUAUUCGCCAUCCCAGGCCUCGAAGGCCAGAAAAUAAUGACGCAACUGAGUCUCUACUCGGGCAACGUCAACCAAGUACCCCACGGGCCGGAGCUCAGCCAGCUGUUUGGCCCCAACCCCAACGACUACGUGCGCAUAUGGACCGACCUGACACUGGAGAACUCGACCAAUGUUCCUGCCGUGUGGGCCUUUGUGCUGAUUGUCAUCGGUGCCCUUCUGCUAAUUAUUAGCGCCGUCUCCCUCACCAUGCACUUCGUGCAACGUCGAAACCGAAAGUCGCUGAAGCGCCGAGUUCAGUCUGGCGAGGUCGACCUCGAGGCCAUGGGAAUCAAGCGGCUAACCGUGCCAGCCACGCACGUCAAAGAGUUCCCUCUGUUUACCUACAACGCCGAGCCGGACCUCGUCGAUGCGCCACCGGUGCCCAGCUCGCCAGGUGCGAACCCCUCGCCGCCGUCCAAGAAGCGAAAAGGUCGCCGGCCCGAGCACCGCGCCCCGCCGACCGACUCGACGACCGUCGUCGGGUCUCGGAGUACCCGCAGCGUCAGAAGCAUACGAAGCAAGCGUUCGAGCAUCACCGGCACGGGCGACACGACAGCGACCAACAAUCAACCGAAUUGCCACAUCUGCCUAUGCAGUUUCGAACACCGCUCUUCCAUCAUCCGUGAACUGCCCUGCGGCCACAUAUUCCACCCAGCCUGCAUCGACGAGUUCCUCACCCAGAACAGCUCCCUUUGCCCCAUGUGUAAGCAUUGCAUGCUGCCGCGGGGGUACAGCCCGAAAAUCACAAACGGCAUGGUCCGCCGUGAGCGGGCAGUGCGACGACUGAGAGAGAGGGUAGACCUGGAGGACUCAUCCUUUGAAUCUAGCGACACGAAGCUCAAGGAAUGGGGCAAGCGGCUGUUCAGCUCGCACGGGACGGCGGCACCGACGACAACGACGACGGCUGCAGACGUGCCCAUGACACCCUUGUCGGCUUCUCAACCCGCAUCGGAUCAGGCCGAGCCGGACGCGCCAGCGGUUGCCACACCCAACGCGACAGCAGACACCGAGAGUGACGAGACGCAAGGCACGACCAACGCCUCGCCGAUGGCCCCCGUGGCCAAGAACGGAAGACCGCGAAAACCCCGGCCUCGGGCCCUGCGGCUAUUGCCAACGCACCAUGAAGAGGGCGACCCCAAAGAGGCCGUUCCGCAGGUCGGGCGGUCCAGUCCCUCGUCAUUUGCCAGGGAACGUAUGCGACAGAUUGCAGCCAAGAAUGCGCCGUUUGAUGACCCGGACCAUCAACGGCCUAGAUGGCGGCGGGCACUGUCCAAGGCAUUCCCGGGGUUCUGA